AUGGGCGCUGGCGGCCCCCGGCGGGGCGCGGGCCCCCCAGACGGCGGCUGGGGCUGGGCGGUGCUGGGCGCCUGCUUCGUGAUCACCGGUUUCGCCUACGGCUUCCCCAAGGCGGUGAGCGUCUUCUUCCGCGCCCUUAUGCGCGACUUCGGCGCGGGCUACAGCGACACGGCCUGGGUGUCCUCCAUCAUGCUCGCCAUGCUCUACGGCACGGGUCCGGUCUCCAGCAUCCUCGUGACCCGCUUUGGCUGUCGCCCGGUGAUGCUGGUGGGUGGGCUAUUGGCCUCGGCGGGCAUGGUGCUAGCAUCCUUCGCCACACGCCUCCUGGAGCUAUACCUGACGGCUGGGGUGCUCACAGGCCUGGGCCUGGCCCUCAACUUCCAGCCGUCGCUCAUCAUGCUGGGGCUGUACUUCGAGCGGCGGCGGCCCCUAGCCAACGGGCUGGCGGCGGCGGGCAGCCCCGUGUUCCUGUCGGCGCUGUCGCCGCUCGGCCAACAGCUGCUCGAGCACUUCGGCUGGCGCGGCGGAUUCUUGCUGCUCGGCGGCCUCCUGCUGCACUGCUGCGCUUGCGGCGCCGUCAUGCGGCCGCCGCCGGGACCCGGCCCGCGGCCGCGCGGGGACAGCGCGGACGACGCUCCCGGGGAGGCGGAAGCGGACCGCGCCGGGCUGCGCCUGCGCGAGGCGCCCCCUGGCGGCCGGACCCGCCGCCGCCUGCUGGACGUGGCCGUGUGCGCCGACCGCGCCUUCGGGGUGUACGCCGUCACCAAGUUCCUGAUGGCCCUCGGCCUCUUCGUGCCCGCCAUCCUGUUGGUGAACUACGCCAAGGACGCGGGCGUGCCGGACGCCGACGCCGCCUUCCUGCUGUCCAUCGUGGGCUUCGUAGACAUCGUGGCGCGGCCAGCGUGCGGCGCCCUGGCGGGCCUGGCGCGCUUACGACCUCACGUCGCCUACCUCUUCAGCCUGGCCCUGAUGGCCAAUGGCCUCACGGACCUGAGCAGCGCGCGCGCGCGCUCCUACGGCGCCCUUGUCGCCUUCUGCGUUGCCUUCGGCCUCUCGUACGGCAUGGUGGGAGCGCUGCAGUUCGAGGUGCUCAUGGCAGCCGUGGGGUCGCACCGCUUUCCCAGUGCUCUGGGCCUGGUGCUGCUCGUCGAGGCCGUGGCUGUGCUCAUUGGACCCCCCUCUGCCGGCCGCCUGGUGGACGCCCUGAAGAACUACGAGAUCAUCUUCUACCUGGCCGGCUCUGAGGUGGCCCUGGCUGGGAUCUUCAUGGCUGUGGCCACCAAGUGUUGCCUGCGCCGCUCUAAGGACACCCCGCCCAGCCAAGGCGCCCAGGGCGGGGCCAGCGACACUGAGGACGCUGAGGCCCAAGAGGACGCUGAGGCCCUGCCCGCAGGCGCUGAGGAGCCCGGCAGCCUCCAGGCCCUGGAGGCGCCCAGCCCCGGGGCUGGGCCGGGAGAACCAAAGGAGGAGGCAGAGCCGGGCGUGGACCCCGAGUCUGUAUAGCUCGGGGGGCACUAGGCGAGGUGGCUGGUGACUUUGGGAACGGGGCUGACCCUCUCAGAGCCCUGGCUGUCCCGAGGGGGCCUGGAGCACUGCAGGCUGCUCUGCAGAGGUCGCCCCUGGGGUCCUGGGUGGGCCGCCUCCCUCGUCUGCCCAGCAGGCCGCGGCCAGGCCCUGCCCUCGCUCGGUGGAGCAGCUGUGCACCGCCAGGGGCCGGGCCUGCGUGAAACUCAAGUGCAUAAAGCUCCGCUGC